AUGACCAACGAAUCCCGACGACGAGUAACUACCCGCUGCGUGUCCCUCUGGCGCAAAGCGAAGAGCGCCGCGUUGGGCAAGGGGAAGGCGGCUGUUAGCAGCGAACGGGGCGCCGGUGAACCGGAAAACCAUGCAGACGGCGGGCCGGCUGACGGUUCGUCUGACGCUGCGCAUCCUGUCGCGAAUCCACCCUGCGAAUCGUCGCCCGUCACCUGCGAUGUCGCUGAAGACCCGUUGGCGUCGCCGCCAACCCAGGGCGUGUUCGAAAACCUGUCGAGCGACUGCCUGGAAGUCGUUUUUCGUCGCCUAACCGACGCGCGCGACGCCGUGCGAGCGAGCUGCGUGUGCAAGGCGUGGCACAGCACGUUCCACGGCUCCACGCGCCACGUGUCGCUCCAGCUGGACCCCGUCCUGCUGCAGUGGCAGCCGUCGUUCCGCCCCGCCUAUGCGCACCUCGAUACCGUCACAAGCGCACUCACGCCGGGCAUGAGCGGGGAGGGCGGAUUGGCAGCAGAUGAUAAUUCCAUACCGUUUGGCGGAGAAACGAGCAGCAGUGGAGGCGGAUGGACUGGCGCGAGCACGGUUGGGGUGGCGGAUGGGGCGGGAGGAGCGGGUGGAGUGGCGGGGUGGUGGGAUCCCAUGGCGUCAGGCGGGUGGCAUGUGAACCACACCGACCGCUUCGACUGCAACAGCCUCGCCCGCCCCGGCUGGAUGGCCCACGAGCCCUACCAUCGCUCCUUCUCGCCAAACCUCAUCCGAGCCUUGCUCCGGCAGUUCCCGAACCUCACCUCCGCCUGCCUGCCCGUAACUGUGCGCGGCAGCGAAGCAACCGACAUGCAACCAGUGGUAACCACCUUAGCAUCCUGCAGUGCCCUCCGCUCACUGCACAUGCAGGUGAACGCGGGGCAAAGGGCCAGCGACCCUCCCCCACGGCUCGACUUGACUGCCCACGUGGCAGCGCUCCUAUCCGCCCUGCCCUCCCUGCGCGCCCUCUCCCUGCAGUCCGCACACUGCUUCCUCCGCCCCUCGCCCCCCCUGCUCGCCGCCUUCUCCCGCCUGCGCCACCUCGCUCUCCCCGUGCUCCACCUGCCCGCGCCCCUCCUCGCCCUCACAGGUCUCUCCUUGCUCGCCCUCGCCAUGCUCUGCCCGCCCUACCCUGCGCUGCUCGCCUCGCCCGCGCCCUUCCACCGCCUCACGCGCCUCUCAUCCCUCUCGCUGCAUCUCAGCGCCAGUGAUGACUGCCAUCCCUGCCCCAUGUGCACCAUCAGCGAUACUGCCCAUGACAGCACCAACGGCAGCAGCAACAGUGCCAGCACUGCCACACCCUCAACCUCUCUCGCCCCUCUUCCUCCCCUGACUGACCUCUUCUCCGGCCUCUCUCCUUCCCUCACAUCCCUCACUUACUCCCCCCCUGCGUUUCCUCCCCCCGCGCCCACCUCUCUCCCCGCCUCGCUCAUCAACCUCACAGCCCUCCGCACCCUCCGACUGCUCGCCCCAACCGCCGCCACUACUGCGCACUUCUGGGGGGACCUGGAUGGCCUUUCGCGUCUCACCCAGCUCACCUUCCUGGAGCUUUCCUGUGUGGCGGGGAAUGCAGUGCCGGCGUCGCUGCAGGGGAUGCCGCUGCUGGCGCACCUGGUGCUGCCGUGGGCUCAGAGCGACCCCGCACGGGUGGUGCCCUCGCUGAGUGCUCUGAGGGAGCUUGAGAUCGGCACAGGGGCACUUAGAAUCGAACCACAGGUGGAAGCAGCGACAGCAGGACAGGCAGAGCAGGCAGGGCAGGGAGCAGAAAGAGCAGAAAGCACCUCGAAUCCCGCAACCAGCAUCAUCGUCCAUGCCCUGUCUGAGCCAUGUCAACCCACUGCCACUGUCGCCGCACUUCCCUUGAUGCUGCCCCCCAGCCUCACAUCCCUCAGACUACUCCACACGGACCACCGCCCCCUCCACCUGCCCGCCCUCGCCUGCCCCUCGCUGCGCCGCCUCUCCUUCUCCUUCAACGUCGAGCUCGCCGCCCGCGUGCCGCCCCACGCCUGCUUCUUCCCCAACUUGCAAUUCCUCGAGCUCUUCCGCGUGGAGGGGUCGUUCGGGUGGGGCAACGGGCAGUGGCUCGGGGCCAUGCCGAGCCUCACGCACUUCAUCAGCCGCUGCCCCAAGCGCAACCACUCCUACCUGCUCCACAGACUCGCACCUUCCUUGAAGUUUCUCCACCUGGAGGACCCCUCUCCCAAGGUCCCGCUGGUGGUCCUCCCCUCCCUCACGUCCCUCACUAUCGACAAGUACUGUGACGUGAGUGCGCUGCUCUCCUCCCUCGCCGCCUUCUCCGCCCUCCACACGCUGCGCUUCAACUGCUUCUCGCAGGUUGCGGCCGACAGAAAGCUCUCUCCGGGGCGAGUUGGGCGCCCGCCGGCGCUCAGAGUGCUGCAGUUCAGAUUCUCUCAAAUCCACGCGCUGCCGGAGUUUUUCCCGGCGUUCCACUGCUUGCGAGUGAGUGGGUGCUCAAAACUCCCCCCUCCUCCCCCUUCACUGGUUCCCCUGCUGGUGCCGGCCAGAUAG